AUGGACACUAUCCUACGCGAAGCUCUUCAAGAGUCCUUGGGGACCAUCGACCCGUCCAUCGUUGUGACGGCUGCUGUCGGUCUACUCAUGAUUCUGGGCCUUGUUACAUUCAGAUCUGUGCUAUAUGAAAAUAUCCUCCCUGGCGUUCCCGAACUCAGGGGUGUCCCAAUUCUGGGUGCCAUGCCCAUCUACCUCAAGCAUGGAAUGCCUCAGCUUCUCGGCCGACUCAUUGCAAUUGGUGAGGACGGGAUCUCGUAUGCCAAAGUUGUCAAUAACGUGCUAGUUUCAGUCCAUGAUCCGGCCAUGGUGAAAGAGGUUCUUUCAUAUCCAGAAGAAAUAGCAUCUCGGGAAGGUGAUAUUGGACGGAUGAGUUGGUCUCCCUUUUGGACACUGCGGCGACUCAUAGGUGAAUCUCUCUUCAACUACGUCGGCCCCGACACAAGCCACCAUCGCAAUGUCUUUAUUCGUGAAUUCAACAGCACCAAGUCCAAUGCCGAAAAGUUCAGCACAAUUUCGCGAAUAGCUCAAGAGCAUGCCAAUAUGUUGACAGGCCAGGCCAAAGUUGCCGAUGUGGAUGAUAUCAGAUACUCUGCAGACAACUUUGCUAUUGCUCUCUGGGGAGAGACUCUAUAUGGCAACCCCAACCAUUAUGUUGGUGGCCGCGUGCUAGAACUAUCUGAAACCAUUAUCACUUUGGCAGGUAAUCCUUGGCCUUCCGUUUGGUAUUCUAUUCAGUUGUUCUUCAAGAUGGUGACCCCAGGCGAGCCUACUCGGUCAGAGUCCAAGCUCCGUCAGAAAGUGGCCAAGGUCGUUGAAGCCAACAUAAUGAAGCUCGAGGCAUACGAGAAGACCAACCCAGAAGCUCCGCUGAAAACAAUUCGUAAUUUGUCUGUCAUGACUGGUGGAGGCAAAACCGGUCCUCUCUCCAAGUUUGCGUCUGAAUUCACCAACCUCAACCUCUUCGGAGGUCAUCACAGUAUUGGCUUGAACGUUACCUGGKCAUUGAUUGAGCUUGACAACAACCCUGAAUGUCUGAAGAAGCUCAUGGCUGAGAUUGACUCAGUAGACACCAACGAUUUCAAUAGUGUUAACUCCAAGAUGCCCUACUUAGAUGCUAUCAUCAUGGAAAUCAACCGUUUACACCCAACUGUUCACGCUACCCUUCGAGUCAUCAACCACGAAACCAAGCUCGCCGCCAGCAAGAACCCCGUUACCUUGAAACCGGGCAUGCUGAUUUACCUUUCUUACCUUCACCUCCAUACUUCACCCAAGUUUUGGGGCCCUGAUUCUUAUCAAUUCAUUCCGGAGCGCUUCCUCGGUAACUAUGAUAAGAGUCAACCGUUUAUGUCCUUCGGGUACGGACCACGUAACUGUGUUGGAUACAAAUUUGCAACCUUGGCUGCCAAGGUAUAUCUCCUCACCCUUCUCAAGACGUACGACUUGCAGGUUAAGGAACAUGAUCAUGAGAUGAAGCUCGGAGUCAUUGGCGACGCUCAGGAAGGUGAAAAAGCCCAGCAUUCGUCGGUCAACACUUUACAGAAACGCGAAGAUGGUACCGACUACCCUUCGGGUAUAAACCUAUUCUUGAUAGUUCUGGCCUUGUGCUUGAGUGUUUUCCUUAUGGCACUUGACAAUUCUAUCAUCGCGACUGCUAUUCCCAAGAUCACUGACCAAUUCAACAGCCUAGACGACGUAGGCUGGUACGGUAGUGCCUACAUGCUGACGACGGCGUCAUUGCAACUACUGUCUGGCAAGUUUUACAGCUUCUUCAGCAUUAAAUGGGUGUUUUUAGGCUCGAUUCUUCUUUUCGAACUGGGGAGCUUGAUCUGCGGUGUAGCCCAGAACAGCUUGACACUGAUCAUCGGCCGCGCAGUGGCAGGKAUGGGUUCGGCAGCUAUCUUCUCCGGCGCCCUCAUCAUCCUCGCACAUUCAGUACCCCUGGAGCGGCGCCCAAUGUACAGCGGCUUUAUUGGUAGCAUGUAUGGUAUUGCUUCGGUUGCAGGCCCCCUGCUUGGGGGUGUCUUCACCGACAAGGUCACCUGGCGUUGGUGCUUUUUCAUCAACCUGCCUAUUGGGGCUGUCACGCUAUUCGUGAUUAUAAUCUUCUUUCCCGACCCGCAAAUUAAAAGAGAGUCUGAGAUUUGGUCCAAACGAUUCAGACGCUUCGACCCCCUGGGUAAUCUCGUUUUCAUGCCUGCCAUAAUCUGCCUAUUGCUGGUUAUGCAGUGGGGCGGCACCAAAUAUGCCUGGAAUAGUUGGCGUGUUAUCCUGCUCUUUUGCUUGUUUGGCAUACUGCUCAUUGUUUUCCUCUUUCUUCAGUACUGGCAGCAAGACUUUGCCACGGUGCCGCCUCGUAUUUUCUUGAAGCGCACCGUCUGGUCUGCCGCUAUCUUUACAUUUUGCGUCGGCGCUGCGUUUCUCAGCAGUGUCUACUAUUUGCCCAUUUGGUUUCAGGCUGUUAAAAACGCUAGUCCCGUCGAGUCCGGUGUCAUGAACCUACCGUUACUAAUCAGCAACGUGGUUGCCUCCAUCAUCUCAGGAGUUGCCGUCACCACAUUUGGCUAUUACACUCCCUUCAUGCUGCUUGCUUCCAUAAUUACACCUAUUAGCUACGGCCUCAUGACCACCUUUCAUCCAGACACCGGGCAUUCAAGAUGGAUUGGCUACCAGGCUCUGGCUGGUUUCGGUAUCGGAUUUGGGGUCCAGCAGCCCCUUAUCGCCGUACAGGUAGUACUCGACAUUGCGGACGUGCCCACGGGUACCGCUCUCAUGGUAUUUAUGCAGGUCCUCGGCGGUGCUCUUUUUGUCUCGGUUGAUGAAAACGUUUUUUCAAACAAGCUCGUCCAAUAUAUCGUCGAGUAUGCCCCAGGAGUCGACCCCGCAGUUGUUCUGGGAGCUGGCGCCACUGGAAUCAAGCAAGCUGUCGACUCGGCGAAUUUACCAGGGGUCCUGCUCGCAUACAAUGAUGCCAUUACCCAAACUUUCAUUGUUGGUGCUGCCAUGGCCGGCAUAAGUAUCAUUGGUGCUCUGAUUGUCGAGUGGAAAAGUGUUAAAGGCAAAAAUAUUGGUAUGUGA